AAUCGUCCACAAAAAGGACAGUAGCCCAGGCAGAGUUAAGGCUAGACAAACCCCUCCUAGCUCAAGCAGACCCCCAGACAUCACGAUGCACGGCAAGAGCGUGGUCCUUCGCAGCUCCGGGAACCUGACUGCAGCUGAACUGGGUUGCCAAGUAUCUGAGAGGGAUACAUCACGGAAAGAAUCCUUCACUGCCGAAUGGAAAGACCUGUCUCUUACCACCAGGCCGGAGGAAGGCUGGUCUUGGUCUGAGGCAGACAGGCGGCGCAAGGAAACCUACCACCAGCAACAGGAGGCCCGGGUCGUGGUGCAGCGGUCUCCAUGGGGCAUCCUCCGUCUAGGGCUUCUGGGUGAACCCCUGACCUCCUACCAUCUGCCGUACCAGCGGGCCUUGCCCUUGCCCAUCUUUACUCCUGUCAAGCUGAGCAGCAAGGCUGAGCGGGAGCUGACGCCAACGCCUUCCGAGUCGGUGGAGUCAUUGCCAGCCACUGGUGUGUGUCUUGACAAAACGCCCCUGGUUGAGAUCACCAAGGAAUUGCCUCUUGUUAUUCAGCCCAGCCGCCCUGACUUCAGAAAAGCAGGCCUACCCCGCUCAUUGUCCCGUUCCAUGUCUCAAGAUGCCCAGAGGGGUUGAGGCGGCAGGACCCCCCCUGCUUUGCUGCUUUUCCUUCUGGGACUGGCUUGGACACCUCACACCCGCCCCCCUGCCUGUCGCUGCAUGAGGCCUAUCUGAAAGGGGCCAGACACGUAGAAAAGUCUUGGUAGGAUGAAACCCAGUUCAAAACCGAGAACUCUGGGGUGGGGAGGAGCACUGAUUAUGACUCUGUCUGUGUAUAUGUAUAUUAUUAGAUGUACAGUGCCAUGCACAUCCAUCACCGGUGCUUACAUUGCUGCCCCAUGAUGUAUAUUUUGAAAAACUGCUUCCCCCUAGGAUGCAGAGAAGGCCCGUUGAUUUAAAGAGCAAGCAAAAAGACAUGGAGGUCCUAGGGGGUUAAGAGAAUGUCUAAGUCCAAAGGUUAAAAGGAAGGAAAUACGAGCCUCAGCUCCUGGGUUUAGCAAGAAGAGAGCUAGAACUCCUGGGUUGGUCCCAGUUUUGGAAGGUGGAGCAGGACUUGGUGGUUAGUAGUAAGUGACUGACUUGGAAAGAUGUUCCUGAGUAAGCAACAGAAAGGAAUAACGGUGGUCCAGAGUUUAUGCUUGAAACAUUUGCAUUUGACACUUGAGGAGUGAGAGGAUGGUAGGACUAGGUCUAGCAGUUGAAUUCCAAUCCUGAGUCCCUUUUCCUCUUUCCCCUGCCAAUCUCUAUGGCAGAUCUGACAAUGAAAUAGGAGACUCCAGUACAGUGCCUAAAUGACCCAAAGAAUGCGAUGGCACCUUCAGAAAGAGAGGGCUUUAGAGAAAAGAUAAAGAAAGGGUUUUAGUCUGGCUCGGAGAGGUUUAAGCAGCAGCCUAGGUUUAGAUGCUGUCCCAUCCCCUGUGAUGUGACAAUCUACCUUAGAAAGACCAUUUGCCAAGAAAGGUAGAGAAUAGCACUGUGAAUACCCUGCUACCCAAUAUAUUUCUUGUCCUCUUUUUUCUUUAAAGAUCUACUAGAUUGAAAUGCUGUAUUUUUCUGUAUGACAUUCUUAUAAAUUAAUAAAAUGUGAAAAACCACAA